GCUUAUUGUGAGGUAAUAUAUUUAAUAGUUUUUUGGUUUUAGAUAUAACCCAUAACCAUUUUUAUAUGGUUUUAAGUAAAGACCACUUCCUUUUUUCCCAAUAGCUAUCUCUUCCAUGACACGAUUAUGUCUUUUAUUUUCUUCUAAUUUUUGUUGUGCUGCCUUUGUAUCAUUAAUGGCUUUAGCAAUGCUUGCUGCCCCUCCUCCUAAAGCGCCUAAGGCAGAUAGCCCUGCAAAUAUUGGAAUUAAAGGAAGGACACCACCUUUGAUUUUUGGAAUAGGAAUUAUUCUUUUUGAAGAAAUUUUCCUUUUUUUAAGACGUUUUAAAGCACCAUUGGUUGUAACGUUUAACUUUUUAUAAGACUUUCCGAUUAUACCUUUUUUUCUUUUACUUGCAGACGCUUUUUUUCUAUUUUUCUUUUUUGUUAAACCCAUCCCCAAUUUGGAUUUUGCUUUCAUUAUACCUGCAAUUCCUAGGGCGCUUAAACGUUCACCCACACCUGCAUCACUUGACCUAAACCGAUUGAUUGCUUGGUCAGCCAAUAUCCUAUCGGCCUUGUUACGACUUUUUACGCUAGAAAAUUUACUGUAUGCAAUGUCGUGAUUUUUACACGCUUCGUCAAGUUUAUUUACGCCUUGAUGACCGGCAGCUAAACGUUUUUCCAAUCUUGUACCGGGCCCACAAAAAUUAUAACCAGGAAUGUGUAAUUCAAAUGGUAAUUUAUUAAUUACAGUAUUUAAGGAGCCACCUUUCGGUGUGAACUUUAGUGUCAUAAUAGAUUUUUAUAUAAUAGUUAAUACCCUUUUAUACUUCGAAUAUGUGGUUGGAAAAACAAAAGUUUUCGUUACCAGUGAAAAAUUAUGACCUAAAUAUCAGUAAUGGGCAGAUAUUUAAGAAACAUGGGGAGUUGUUUGGAGGUGAAUCAAAACGGGGAAUCAUAGUGGGUCCAUCUGGCUGUGGAAAAACUAAUGUAAUGAUUACAUUAUUAACACACCCCAACGGAUUACGAUUUGAAAAUGUUUAUGUGUAUUCUAAAUCAUUAUAUCAACCAAAAUAUGAAUUUCUAAGAAAAUUAUUAAAACCACUUAGGGGAAUAGGUUAUUUUGAGUCGUGUUUUGAGCAGGAUAUUGUACCACCAGUUGACGUUAAACCUAAUUCAGUAAUAAUAUUUGAUGAUAUUGUGUGCUGUAAUCAAAGUAUUAUGCGAGAUUAUUUUUGUUUUGGUAGACAUAAAUAUACGGACUGUUUUUACCUAUGUCAAACGUACUCAUCGAUUCCUAAACAAUUAAUCAGAGAUAAUGCAAACCUACUAAUUAUAUUUAAACAAGACGGAACCAAUUUAAAACAUAUCUAUGAUGAUCAUGUAAAUAUGGACAUGUCAUUUCAACAGUUUAAAGAUCUCUGUUCCACUUGCUGGCGAUCCGAUUUUGAUUUUAUUGUUAUUGAUAAAGAUUGUGGUGUUGAGACUGGAAGGUAUCGAAAUAAAUUUGACCAGUUUAUUCAUUUAAAUAAAUAAGAUAUAUCACUAAGGAGUUAAUUAGUUUAAAGCCUAUAGUUUGGAAGCGAACAUGAAUGAAAAGUUAGUAAAAGAAUUAAUACAAGCCCGUCAAGCUGUAAAACGAAAACUAAAAUCUUUAAAAACAGAUGUGGCCAAGUCUCAGUUUCGACAAGAAAAAGAAUUUAAACCAAUUACAGAACCCUUAAAAGAAUUAAUUAAAGCUGUAAAAGCGGAGGAAAAAAUUAAAACAGAACCCUUAACACCGCCAGCAUUUUCUACUCCUCAAAAAUUUAAAACCGAUUUAUCACCGCAAAAAAGACGUCAAACAAAUAUUUAUAACAAAUAUCUACCUUCGGAAUUACCAUCAUUUUUAACAAGAGAAGAUACAUUUGAAAUAAACGAUGAGAAUGACGAUGAUGUAUUUUUUAAUCAACAAUCAUCUUUAAGGGAGCCUCGUCUAAGUUCUACGAGACGAGAUAAUUUAGAUGAAUCUACCAUUACUGAACCAACAACAAAAGAAAUUAGACAGAGUAUUUUUGAGUUAACCAGAAGUCCGGCAUACGAACAAUAUCUUGAAGCAUUUCAUCCGCUUGUAAGAGGUUUUGUUGAUGCAUCUUUAAAAAGUGAACGAGAUUUAGAUAAUACGCAUGGCCUAUUUCAUGAUGCAGAAAAUGAAAAGUGGAAAAUUGGCGACAGUGAAGCUGACUUUGUGCAACAAAAUUUUAAGAUUCAGGAUUUAAUCUAUGAGGGUACACCCGGUCUCUAUGAACUUUUAUUUUUUCAAGAACCUCGCGGUUAUACCUCAAAAGAUCUUAACAAUUACAUGGAUAUAUUGCAAAGAAGCAAUGCUUAUAGAAGAAACUAUGAUCCAAAGGCACAGAUUCAAGGCACUACCGACCCAAAAUACUUAACAAUAAUAAAACCGUACUUGAUAAAAAAGGGAAUUUUAAGAUCUACUUCCACAUCUAGUGCCAUUCCUUUUUCUAAGCCUAAACCACCGUCAGAAACACGCCCGAGAAGCACUAGAAUAACCUCGAAAAAGGGGGGAGGAAUGAUGAUGAAUUUAACAAAUAAAAAAACUGAUUAUGUCUAUUAUGAUGAUCCUAAUGAGUUAGUAGAACGGUUAAAAUUACUUAUAUCAUCACAAAUGGCAGGGCAUACCGGACAUAAUAAUGAAAUAGUCUCCAUUAUUGAAGAGCUAAAGGAAGCAAAAGUUAUUUUAUAGACUGUUUAAACCACUAUAUGGUAUUUUAAAAAUGUCUUUGAACAAGUUCGGUUCUCAUCUUCACUUAAAUAGGAAAAACUAUAGUAAAACUGAUACAAUUACUUUCAUUCAAUUAACGCCCCUAAAGUUGUUUUACAACAUAUCAUUAACAUUUAUGGGAAACUGCUUUCCAAACGAUGAGAAAUUUACUUUGAUAUUUGAUAAAAAAACAUUUUUUAAAUUUCCAUUAAGUUCUGGUGUUAUUAUAGGGGCUGAAUAUCCAAAGAAAGAAAUAUUCUUAUUAAUUAAUGGUAAAAAAGGAAAAUUAGAGGGAAGAGAAAUAAAAGAAGGAGAUCUAAUUGAGUUUGGUAAAGAGCCAAAAUCCUCAAUUGACUUUUUUUAUGGAGAAUUAAUAAUAAAAUGUCCCGUUUUAGUAGAAUAAAACAAUAAAUAAGUACAAAUAAAGUUUAUUUCAAAGAUGACUUUAGACAAGUUUGGAUCUCACAUAUUUCAUAAAUAUUCCAGAAUUGAUGAUGAUAAUCAAGUUAAUUUAGUCAACAUUGCAAAUUUAAAAUUAUUUUACCAUAUAACAUUGCCAUUUCUUGGUCACCAUGACCCAAGUGAAAAAAAUUUUGUUUUAACCCAAGAUAAACGAGUUUCCUAUCGAUUUCCAACUGACUCUGGUGUUAUUAUAGCCGGCGAAUUUCCAAAACAACAUGUAAAUUUAUUAAUAAAUGGUAAACAAGGUGGAGUGGAAGGAAGAGAACUAAAGGCAGGUGAUUUAAUUGCAUUUCGACGGGAUUCAAAAUCUCAGAUAGACCAAUUUUAUGGAGAAUUAAUAAUAAAAUGUCCUAUUUUAAUAGAACAAUAAACAUUAACCAUGAGCAAGAUAAAAGAAGAUGUUGUUAAUGAGCUGCAUAGAUUAAGUAGGAAAAAAUAUCCAAGAAGACGUGUUAUAGUUAAAGGACUUAAUGAUUUAUGGCAGGCAGAUUUAGUGGAAAUGAUUCCAUAUCAUAAGCUCAAUAAAGGUUAUCGAUAUAUACUUGUAGUUAUUAAUGUUUUUUCAAAAUACGUAUGGACAAAACCCAUAAAGUCAAAAACUGCUAAAUAUGUGGCUGAUGCAAUGGCAAAUAUUCUUAGCAAUGUUAAAACACCACCAAACAACCUACAUACCGACAGAGGAUCGGAAUUUUACGGUAAACAUUUUCAGGAAUUAAUGAAAAAAUUUAAAAUAAAUCAUUAUAGUACAUUUUCAAAUGUAAAAGCUAGUGUUGUGGAACGAGUAAAUCGAACUUUAAAAACUUUAAUGUGGAAAAAAUUUAGUUUGAGAGGAAAUUAUAAGUGGAUCGAUAUCUUGGAUGAUAUUGUGCAAAAAUAUAAUAAUACAAGACAUUCUAGCAUUGGAAAAAAACCAAAUGAAGUAAACGAAAAAAAUGAACAAGACAUUUUAAAGUUUCACUUUAACCAUAUAAAAAUGGUUGAUCCAAAAAUUCCUAAAUUUAAAAUUGGUGAUCAUGUACGUAUAAGUAAACAAAGAGAAGCAUUCACAAAAGGAUAUACACCCAAUUGGUCAAAUGAAAUCUUUCAAGUGAAAAAAAUUAAUCUAACAAAUCCUACAACCUAUUUACUACAAGAUGAAAAUAAUGUGGAAAUUCAAGGUGGUUUUUAUGGGGCUGAGUUGCAAAAAGUAAAACAUCCUGACGUUUAUUUGGUUGAAAAAAUUCUACGGCGUAAAGGGAACCAAGUUUACGUAAAAUGGUUGGGAAUGGAUAAGACACAUAAUUCUUGGAUUCUAAAAAAAGAUGUUUUGUAAAAUGUUAGUUAAGUUAAAUAUAUUUUUUAUUAUUAAAUUUUUAAUUUUAAACCAAACCAUGUACAUAGUAGAAGAUUAUGUAAUAAAAUCUGUUAAAAGCAAAAUUAUUCUUUGGUUUUGAGUAGAUCAACUAUAACCACAAAAGAUGUUGAAUCAAAUAUUAAAUUCAUUAAAAUAUUUAUUUGGAAUAAAGUGUGUAGUGAAAAAUAAUAGUGAUAGUGUGACAAACAUUUAUAAUGAAGAAAAACAUAAUAUAUUAUGUGAACAAUUAUUACAAAUUAUAGGUGGAAAGAAAAAUGUGCGAGAAUUGAAUGCAAAGGAAUUAGAAAAUCUACCAAUGGAUUUCUUUUUAAAAUAUGUGGAUCCCAUGACUUUAUUAUUUAUUUGGAACAAACUACCUGCUAACUAUAGACAAGAGUUUGAUUUACAAAUAAAAUUACCAUGUUUUAUUCACUAUAAUAGACCAGAUUGGCGAACACACGUAGAUGGACCUCCUUCACCACAAAAUAAAUGUUGUUUUUGUAUUAAAGCUCUUGCUAAACAAAAUUAACCAAUAUUCAACAAUAAACCAUGAUUUGGUUAAGUCCUACAUUUAUAACACUAGUUGCAGUAGUACAAAAUGUUUUCUACGUUCAUAAACCUCCGGAAAUAGUGUCUGCAUUUGUUCAACUGAAAGGUGAAAAUUUUUCAAGUGAUAAUUCAUGGAUACCCUUACUAUACAAACGCAUUCAUAAUGAAUCAGUUCCAAUAUUUUUUACAUGGAUUCCAACUAACAUCUCAAUGACCUCUAGACAUAGACUUCACUAUAGGUUAAGAUUUCGAUUCAUUAAUGGAACAAUACUUGAAAGUAGGGACUGGACAACUUUUAGUAAAGGAUUAAAUACAGAAAAUUCUAUAAUUAUUAAUCUAAAUUCUAAUACUAGUGGUAAUUACUUAGAGUUAAAUACUUUAAGAUCAAAUUUCCAUGUCUUUAUGUAUGUAACACAGACCAUUUUUAUAAUUACUAUACUAAUUUUAGGUAAUAUAAUAUGUAAAAUGUUGUAUAAUUUAGGAGAACAACAACAACAAAAACAAUUACAAAAUGUACACCGUUUAAUUUAAGAGAAUAAUAAAUAUCAUGUGUAUUUAUCAAUAAAUAAGUAUGUACCUAUUAGUAGUAUUACUAUUCUCAUAUAAAUUAGUAAUUAACAUUUAAGCAAGGUCGCGAUACCGCUUUGUUGCUCGCACUCGACGGUAAAAUAUGAUUGUAAUAAUAUUAUACUAAAACGGUACGGACGUUUUGGUAGGUGCGCGGUAGACCAAAAUUGGUUUUUUUAACCUUGG